AUGCAGAAGGCGUCGUACUACGACGGCUCGGCGCUCUUCGGGGCUUACUCCUACGGCAACGGAUUCGCCUACGAGGGAGCCCAGCCGCCCUUCCAGGCUGCUCCCCACGAGGAUGGCGACUUCCAGAGAUCCUCCUGCUCCCUGCAGUCUCUGGGCAACAAUUCCAAAAAUAAGGAGCUCAACGGGAGCUGCGCCAGGCCCCGUUUGGCGCCGGAGCCGCCGGGAUCGCCCGACGACGGCGACGGCGGCGACGACGACGAGGGGAACGGCGGAGGGGGGAAAAGCGCGGCCGGCAAAGGGAAUUUGGGGAUUUCCAAGCAGAUCUUCCCCUGGAUGAAGGAGUCGAGGCAGAAUUCCAAGCAGAAGAACGGCUCGCCCGGGGCAGAAACGUGCGGCGAGAAAAGCCCGCCGGGCUCGUCGGCCUCCAAGAGGGCGCGCACGGCUUACACCAGCGCGCAGCUGGUGGAGCUGGAGAAGGAAUUCCACUUCAACCGCUACCUGUGCCGGCCUCGCAGGGUGGAGAUGGCCAACCUGCUGAACCUCAGCGAGCGCCAGAUCAAGAUCUGGUUCCAGAACCGGAGGAUGAAAUACAAAAAGGAUCAGAAAUCCAAAGGCGUCGCUUCUUCCUCGGCGGGGCCUUCUCCGGCCGGUAGCCCCCCGCAGGCCGCGCAGGCCUCGGCCGCUUUCCUCAACGCUUUGCACCCCGUGAGCGGCGCCUACGAGGCGCCGUCGCCGCCUUCCUUCGGCAAACCCCACCCCAACGCCUACGCCGUGGCCGCCGGCGGCUACCGGGCCCCGCUCAAAGGUUGCCCGCAAAAAUACGGAGGCGCCGCCGACGCCGGCGACUACGAGGCCCAGCACGUCCUGCAGGCCAACGGCGCCGGCUACGACGCCCAGGGCAGCCCCGCUUACGUUGGGGGCAACUUUGUGGAUUCUCUGGCGACCUCGGGCCCGGCUCUUUACGGCCUCAACCAUUUGGACUACGGAGGGGUCGCGUCGGGCCAGCCCCACGGACCCUGCGACGGCCACGGCGCCUACGGCGAGCUCGCCGCGCAGCAUGCGGCUCCUCAGGGCAGGAUCCAAGAGGCGCCCAAGCUCACCCAUCUGUGA